AUGUGCUCCUUGAGGCUGGAAGCCGUUCUCGUCAGCGAUGUAGGUGACAGUAUAUACAACACCGUCUGGGCCCACGUAGCUGUACUGACCACGAACUGCGAUCGAUUCGUUAUCAGUGCCAGGGUUUACUACUUGUCCGUCUUCGUUUUUCGUGAUACCGUCCGACUGAUCAAUCCUGUAAAUAAUAGUAGUAAUAUUUAUACAUAUGAACCGAUAAAGUCAGUAAACAGAUUUAAAUAAAAAAAGUCAACUUGUUUAAAGAAAAUCAUACAGAAUCUUAGAUUUUGCCUUCGCAAUGAUGACAAACAAAUUAUACUUUAUCAACUCUACACAAGCCUACACAUUCCUCAUGGACAUAUCUUAAGCAUACUACACACAGACGCAUGUCACGUACUUCAUCCUUAUCGCAUAUGAAACAGUACCAGUUUUCGUCUUUAUUCUUUCGGGACGUUUGGCUUUUAACAGUUCCAGACUCACUAGAUUUUUUUAUUGUUUUAUCUAGGCCGGAUGGACCUGGAUUUGGGUCUUUAAACAAAUCUCUUACGACGAUUUGCGCAGUAGAAUUGGUGGC